AUGGCGACGCCCACAGCAGAGAUGGACGGGCUACAGCUACAGGAGAAGGAAGAGCCCGGCUGGGAUGCGCGGACGGAACAAGGUUCGGGACGGGCAAAGGAGAGUUACCACCAAUACACCAGCGAAGAGGCACGGGAAGAGGACGAUAGAGAAACAGCUCUGCGGGCAGAGCUCAAGUCGGUACGAGAUAUCAAUGCCGUAAUAGAAGGCGUUGUUGAAAGCCUGGAACGCGCAAAGGGAAACAUGGAGAGCGUUGCCCGGACAGUUUCCUCUGCCUCUACCCUACUUGACACCUGGACUCGCAUUCUUUCCCAGACGGAGCAUAACAGAAGACUCGUUUUAGAUCCGUCGUGGCAGGGUGCUUCUCAAGACAUGGCCGAUAUAGAGACCGAGGCUCGUGAACGACAACAAGAGGCAGAGAGAAGAGAACUUGAGCUGCAAGAGCGGAAACUAGCACAGGAACGCAAGGCCGAGGAAGAACAGCGGAGGCGAACAGCACAAACAUCGUCAACCACUAGGGCGAGGCGCGGCAUUGUGAGGCCGUCGACAACACGAACAGGGACAUACAAGCGUGAUACCCUCAAAGCAAUGUUAGAAAUGAGUGAGAAGAGCCAUUUUCAUCAAAUGUAUGGACUGUCAACCCCAAACAGCUAG